CAAGAAUUAAGUCCCUUCUUUCUGCGUCGUUAAGCAGAUCCACAUGGGUUGACCAAAGGCAUGUUGAAUCCUUAGUUCACUCCUCUAAAGAUGUGUAGUUCAGAGUGACAGAACGACUUAAAACAGCUGUGUGUUAGUUAUGUAGGAAGUUGAACUCUUCCGAAAGUCCUGUCCGGCGUUACGUGUAUAACUUUUAGAUAACGAAUCAGUCGGUCAUGAUUUGAAGUUUAAAACAAGGAUUAUGUCGAAAAGUAAGUCCAAAAUAUUUGUGUAUGGGACUCUAAAGAGAGGCCAACCUAACAACAAACUGAUGGAGGAAAUAUUCGAUGGAGAAGUGACGUAUAUGGGGAAGGGCCUCACGGGAAAAGCGUACCCGUUGGUGAUAGCGGCUGCCUCGUGGAACUUGCCCUGCAUGUUGUCUGUGGAGGGAACUGGCAAAAAAGUGCAUGGUGAAUUAUUUGAAGUUGAUGAGGAAAUGCUUAGUUUCUUGGAUGGAUUUGAAGGACACCCAGAUUUUUAUCGACGAAAGCAAAUAAUAAUUCAGCUGACAGAAGAUCACAAUGGCAGGAAACUUGAUCCUCCAAACAUCCAUACCUGUUGGUGUUACUUCUUCCUUACAUACGAUCGCUCCUAUCUGACCAUGCCUUUCCUCGACAAUUAUGACAGCUGGGGGCCCCAUGGACUGAUGUAUGAUGAGCAGGAAAGGGAAGACAACUCCAAUGAAACAAAGGCAACCAUGAACAGCUGACAAAGGAAGAAAACAAGAUCACCUUCAAAUAAACGUGUAUCAUUGUAAAUAGUGCAAGCCGUCAAUCCUGGAAUAACUCUAGGUGUCAUAUUUAGGACACAUGUUCAGUUUAAGAAAUGUAUGCAGUGGAACCUACUAAAGGUCUGGUUUAUACAGAUUUUCUGGGUGUGAAAAGUGGGACCUAAUUCAAGGUUGGUGUAUACAGGUUUUCUGAUUACAAAGGUUCAGUUUACAUAGAAAUGCAGUGGAACCUAGUAAAGGUCUGGUUUAUACAGGUUUUCCGAUUACAAAGGUUCAGUUUACAUAGAAAUGUCUACAGAGGAACCUAGUAAAGGUCUGGUUUAUACAGGUUCAGUUUACAUAGAAAUGUCUACAGAGGAACCUAGUAAAGGUCUGGUUUAUACAGGUUUUCCGAUUACAAAGGUUCAGUUUACAUAGAAAUGCAGUGGAACCUACUAAAGGUCUGGUUUAUACAGGUUUUCUGAUUACACAGGUUCAGUUUACAUAGAAAUGUCUACAGUGGGACCUAGUAAAGGUCUGGUUUAUACAGGUUUUCUGAUUACACAGGUUCAGUUUACAUAGAAAUAUCUACAGCGUGGCCUAGUAAAUGUCUGGUUUAUACAGGUUUUCUGAUUACAAAGGUUCAGUUUACAUAGGAAUGUCUACAGUGGGACCUAGUAAAUGUCUGGUUUAUACAGGUUUUCUGAUUACAAAGGUUCAGUUUACAUAGAAAUGCCUACAGAGGAACCUAGUAAAGGUCUAGUUUAUACAGGUUUUCUGAUUACAAAGGUUCAGUUUACAUAGAAAUGUCUACAGAGGAACCUAGUGAAGGACUGGUUUAUACAGGUUUUCUUAUUACACAGGUUCAGUUUACAUAGAAAUGUCUACUAAAGGCCCUAGUAAAUGUCUGGUUUAUACAGGUUUUCUGAUUACACAGGUUAAGUUUACAUAGAAAUGUCUACAGAGGAACCUAGUGAAGGACUGGUUUAUACAGGUUUUCUGAUUACACAGGUUAAAUUUACAUAGAAAUGUCUACAGAGGAACCUAGUAAAGGACUGGUUUAUACAGGUUUUCUGAGUUUACAAAUUGGGACCUAAUUUAAACUUGGUUUAUACAAAAUUUCGGAUAAAACAGGGUCAGUUUACAUAGAUUCUGAAAUGUAUAUAGUCAUAGUGGGAGCAUGUUGAAGUUCAGUUUAUACAGGUUUUCCUAUAAAAUAAGUUCAGUUUAUACAGAUUUUCCUAUAAAAUAAGUUCAGUUUAUACAGGUUUUCCUAUAAAAUAAGUUCAGUUUAAAUCAAUAAUUGGAUACUUACUUUAUUUUCUUGUAUUUUUUUCAAACCAAAAACUUACAAAUUAUACCUCUUGUAAAAUGUAAGCCCACCGAAUUUAUGAAUGUUUACAUGAGUUUUACUGCUUAAAAGGAAUUAUUUUACCAACAACUUCAAUCUUAUUAAUCUAAUUAAGAUCUGAAAUUGCAUUCAAUAUCUAGAUGAUCUAAGACUCAACAUCCAUUGAAAAAAAAUCUUGCCAACAUUACAUUAGCAGAUGCCAAACAUUAUUUCAUACCAAUAUGGAGCUCAGAUGUCAAUUUUGGAAACCAAACUGAUAUCAUGAUCACCAUCAUAAAAUCACUUACGACAAUAUCAUGACAAUAGCUUCAGUCAUGACUGCUCGUGAUUUGCAUCAUCUAAGAGACUUAUAAUUUUCAAUACAUUAUUCAACAUUUUCCAUUUAUUACAAACUGGAUGCAUUGUUUAUUAUUUACCAAAAUAACAAUAGUAAUCUUGAAUAAGAGCCUGAAUUUUUCAAUCGAAAUACAUUGUUUGCCUUUCAACAGUUUGAUACAUGGUAGCAAAAUGAUCUCAUUCUGUGCUGUUUAUGUAUAUGAAUUUAAUUGAGUAACAUAUUAACUUAGGUUAUCAAAUGUACCUUCACCGCGAUUCGGUUCCUAUCACUAGUAUGCCAGCUGUUUGGUUCCUGUCAUUAGUGUGUCCCAAAAUUUGAAUAUAUAUGUAUAUAUUUACACUAAAAAACAGCAGAGCUGAAAUUUCUUCAACCUCUGGCAGAGAUGGAUAUUUCAGGAUUAAAAUUUUUCUGAAUUAUUUGUUGUGUAAAUAAUCCAAUCCGUAUGGAUUUGUACCGUGUAAAAUACAGUCCCUGUAACCAGAGACAUGUAUAUCGUGAUAUACACGUCUCUGGUGUAACACAGGUGACAGAGCAUGCUUCACUGUCGUAGGUUAUCUCAUUGACUACCCUGUUUGGAUUCCUGUCGGGGCAUUUUACAUUCUUGAAAAUUUUGUAAAUGGUUAAAUGUGUGUAACCCUGGUAAAUACUAGUCGCAAUAUACCGCUCAGCUUGAGAGAUCUUCUCUUUAACUCGAUCGGUUGAGCGUAAGACUAGUAAGCCAGGGUUUGAUCCCUAGCGGAGGCAGUGAUUUAAAUUUAAUUAACCAUGGCUCUGUUACAUGUGUAUUGAGUUAAUGUACAAUGUUGUUAACCUAAACUCUUGUAUAUAAAUAAAGCACUGAUGUAAUUAG